AUGCUCGAGACGCUCUUGCAAGGGCAAACAUCUAUGAGUAACACAAUGCAAGGAAUGGUCACCGAACAGAGUGAUUUAAAGAAGCAAAUCCAAGGGAUAGAGUCCUAUGUAAAGCUUCUCGAUAACCAGGUAGCUCAACUCGCAGCUAAACCUAGCAGGACGCAGGGCACUUUACCUUGUAAACCUGAACCAAAACCUCGUGAGCAAUGUAAUUCUGUCUAUGUGGAUGCGAACAAAACUUACGAAACUAGAACAAAGAAGAGCCUAUCUAGAGAGGCAAAGGAAUCCGAUGUAGAGGAACCGGAGGACGUGUACGUUUCGCCACCUCCACGACCACCUCCUAUACCGUUCCCACAAUGGUUACAGCGUAUUCCGCAAGUAAACAGCGAACUCACGAUGUUCGCAGAUAUGUGGAAGAAGAUGGAAAUCGUCCAGCCCUUACAAGAGGCUAUAGCGCAAACACCAUCUUACGAGAAAUUUCUUAAAGAUACACUCGUUAAGAAGGAGAAAUUAGAAGAAGAAUUAGUAAUCCUAACAGAUGAAUGCAGUGCUCUACUGCAAUAG